UUGGACGCAAGGGGGCGCUAGGAUGGGGGAGACAGCGAUCAAGCAGCGCCAGGACGGCCCGCGGGGGGCGCCCGGGCUCGGUCCCAAAGGCGCAGCCCGGAGAAGAGCCCACGAGGAGCGAUGUGCGCCAGGGCAGCUUUAGGAGAGUCCGGGGCUGCGAGGUGCCGCUGCGCGGAAAGCGGAUCCGGGAGCCAGGCCCGACCCGGGGAAGAAAGGGCUGACUCCGCGCGGCGCAUGCGCGUGCCGGGGGGCGGGGCCUGACCUCGCAGCGGCGCCCGGCCCCGCGAGCAAAUAUUUGACAUUCCAGACUUAUCUCGAGGGGGGCGAGGCCCGAAGAGCGACGUUGCCCCCUCCCCCGGGCCCGAUUGGCUUGGCGUUUCCCGGGGUGGGCGGUGCAGAGAGGGGCAGCGGCGCGUGCACGCCAGGCUACACCCCCAGGGGGAGCGCCGGUCGCCGGAAGGACUGUCUACUUCCCACUCCCUCCAGGCUGCCGCGUCCCGGGGCGAGUCACCUCCGACCCCGGCGCUUCCGUCUUUAUCCUUCAAAUGGGGGCGCGCCGGAGUGUGGGUUCAGUGGGCAAGGCGUCGGAAGCCCCUCCACCCCGGGCGUGUUCGCCACCCGAGGGUCCGGACGCAACGCCCUGCUUUCCCGAAACCGCGAGGUGAGGCUCCCGCCUCAGGGUCAGCUCGGUCUUGGUCACCCCAUGUCUUUGUUCUCGCCGGGCUGGAGUCCCUUCUUCCCACCGGAUUCUGACUCAGUUUCUCAGUCACAUAAACGGGAAAAUGGGGGGGGGGGGUGGGGACGCGCCGUAAAGGAGCCUCAGCAAGACGGACGAGGCGAAAGGGGGCUGGGAGCCCUCCACGCGGGACGGUCCGAUUGGGAUGUCGGUCCCGGAAGGAGGGGAGCUUGUGCAGCCCGCGCGCGCACCGUGCACAUUUGCUGCUGGUCCCCACCCGCCAGCGCGCUCCCAUCUCCAGGCAACAGCAGGCCCCUCGCCAAAGGGGCAGGGCUGCGAAAACAGGCGGAGUCCCCACGUGGGGUAGGGUUGAGGCUCCUGGCCCGGCCCAUCCGGCUGGGCCCGGUCUAGAGUGCCCCUCUCUGGAGUUGGGGAGGAGGGUGUCCCCCUCCUUCUGCAGCACCCAGGCCCGCGCACCUCCGAACGCGCUUUGGCACCAGGGGCGCUUCUGGAGCCAGGCUAAGGCCUGGCCUUCCCACCUGUGUGGACAGACUCUGCCCUGCGACCUCUCAUGACCCCCCUCCCACGGCUCUAAUGACCUCUCGGGAUCUCCCCCAGUCUACCUCCGGUGAUGGGCCCGGUAACUUGAACCGUCCCCUUUGACCUUUGGUGACUUCUGUCACCCCUAGACCGGCCCGACCCCCACAACCUCUACACUGACUCCUGGUGAUUUUCAUGACCCUUAGGACUAGAGAAGGCCUCUGGUUUUGCCGUUUCCUCGGCUGAGGCCUCAUGGUGGGGAGGAGGAGGAGGUCGCCCCAGAAAUCAGCCGGCUGGGGGGUGGGAAUCUGGGUCCUAAGCACGCCCCGGCGGGCGGGUGAGCGCGCGCGUCCCGGGCAGGGUUCGGGCAGCCUCCCCCCCGCGGCUCCCGGAGCCGCCCUCGGUCACGUGGCCCGCGGGACCCACAGGUAACUCGCCCAGGGAGGACUGGGGCGGUAGCCGCCCCGCCUCGCCGGGCGCUGCGGGCGGGUCUCAGCAGCGCCCACUGCGCCAGCCGGGCCGCAGGUGCCGCCCCCGACACCAGGGGUCCCGCCCUAGCCGCUCCGCGUCUGCCGUCGGUCGGUGCGAGCGUGCGCCUCGUCGGUCCGCGUGUGCGUGGCCGAGCGCCCCCUUUCUCUGCGGCCAUGACUCCGGCGCCACCGCCGCCACCGCCCCCGGGCCCGAACCCUGCCGCAGACUCUUCCGCCGAGACCUGCCCAGAGUCCGGACCCCUGGUCGUCCUGUUCGGGGCCACGGCCGGUGCACUGGGGCCGGACCUGGGCUCCGAUGAGACCGACUUAAUCCUGCUAGUGUGGCAAGUGGUGGAGCCGCGGAGCCGCCAGGUGGGGACGCUGCACAAGUCACUGGUUCGCGCCGAGGCGGCCGCCCUGAGUCCGCAGUGCCGCGAGGCGAGCGGCCUGAGCGCCGACAGCCUGGCGCGGGCCGAGCCGCUGGACAAGGUGCUGCAGCAGUUCUCACAGCUGGUGAUCGGGGAUGUGGCUCUGCUGGGCGGGGGCCCCUACAUGCUCUGCACUGAUGGACAGCAGCUGCUGCGACAGGUCCUGCAUCCUGAGGCCUCUAGGAAGAACCUGGUACUUCCCGACACCUUCUUCUCCUUCUACGACCUCCGCAGAGAGUUCCACGUGCAGCACCCAAGCGCCCGCCUCGCCAGGGACCUCACCGUGGCCACCAUGGCACAGGAGUUGGGGCUGGAAACAGAUGCCACAGAGGAUGACUUUGGGGUCUGGGAAGUGAAGACAAUGGUAGCUGUCAUCCUCCACCUACUUGAAGGGCCUAAUGAUCAAUUGUUUUCGAAGCCCGAGGUGAUAAAGCAGAAAUAUGAGACGGGACCUUGCAGCAAGGCUGAGGUGGUGGACAGUGAGACUGUGGUUCGGGCCCGUGGGCUGCCCUGGCAGUCAUCAGACCAGGACGUGGCUCGCUUCUUCAAAGGACUCAACAUUGCCAGGGGUGGUGUAGCCCUCUGCCUCAAUGCCCAGGGGCGAAGAAAUGGCGAGGCCCUCAUCCGCUUUGUGGACAGCGAGCAGCGGGACCUAGCGUUGCAGAGACACAAGCACCACAUGGGUGUCCGCUACAUUGAGGUAUAUAAAGCAACAGGAGAGGAGUUUGUAAAGAUCGCAGGGGGCACAUCACUAGAGGUGGCUCGGUUCCUGUCACGGGAAGACCAAGUGAUCCUGCGGCUGCGGGGACUGCCCUUCUCAGCUGGGCCAGCAGACGUGCUCGACUUCCUGGGGCCAGAGUGCCCAGUGACGGGGGGUGCCGAUGGGCUGCUCUUUGUGCGCCACCCUGACGGCAGGCCCACUGGCGAUGCCUUUGCACUCUUUGCCUGUGAGGAGCUGGCACAAGCUGCACUGCGCAGGCACAAGGGCAUGCUGGGUAAGCGAUACAUUGAACUCUUCCGGAGCACUGCAGCUGAGGUGCAGCAGGUCUUGAACCGCUACGCUUCCAGUCCACUCCUUCCCACACUGACUGCUCCACUGCUGCCCAUCCCCUUCCCGAUGGUAGCUGGGACUGGGAGAGACUGUGUACGCCUCCGAGGCCUGCCCUACACAGCCACCAUCGAAGACAUCCUAAGCUUCCUGGGGGAGGCAGCAGCUGACAUCCGGCCCCAUGGUGUGCACAUGGUGCUCAACCAGCAGGGCCGGCCAUCUGGCGAUGCCUUCAUCCAGAUGACGUCAGCAGAGCGGGCCUUAGCUGCUUCUCAGCGCUGCCAUAAGAAAGUGAUGAAGGAACGCUACGUGGAGGUAGUUCCCUGCUCCACAGAGGAGAUGAGCCGUGUGCUGAUGGGGGGCACUUUGGGCCGCAGCGGCAUGUCUCCUCCACCCUGCAAACUGCCCUGCCUCUCGCCACCAGCCUACGCCACCUUCCAAGCCACCCCAACACUCAUUCCCACUGAGACGGCAGCUCUCUAUCCCUCUUCAGCACUGCUCCCAGCUGCCAGGGUGCCUGCUGCCCCCACUCCCAUUGCCUACUACCCCGGGCCAGCCACUCAACUCUACAUGAACUACACAGCUUACUACCCCAGCCCCCCAGUCUCUCCCACCACUGUGGGCUACCUCACCACGCCCCCUGCAGCCCUGGCUUCUGCUCCUACCUCAGUGUUGUCCCAACCAGGAGCCCUGGUCCGUAUGCAGGGUGUCCCAUACACAGCUGGUAUGAAGGAUCUGCUCAGCGUCUUUCAGGCCUACCAGCUAGCCCCUGAUGACUACACCAGCCUGAUGCCUGUUGGUGACCCACCUCGCACUGUGCUACAGGCCCCCAAAGAGUGGGUGUGUUUGUAGAUGAGGGAGUCAGGAGGUAAGAGCUGGCUGAUGUCUUCAGCUAACGUCUCUCCUGCAUCCAGAGAACCAGUGCCCUCAUCCUGGUGACGUCUUUCUGAAGGCACUCAGAGGAGCUCAAGCCCCAGCUCCAUCCCCCCACUUACUGCUCUGCUGUUCACCCUAAAGAUGAUAGCUAAAUCUUGCAUGUAGGGCUGGGGGUGGAAUGGUGCUACCCUGCUCCCAAAGGCCUGACCUGGGCCUCUUGAGUAGCACCCGGAGAGCCUUUGGUCUGUUCUGGCUAUGGCCCAUGCCCACAGAUACUGUGGGGCUGACAUCCACAGCAGGCUUGCCUUUUUUAAAAAUGGAAGCCCUGGUGCCUUCAAUGUAUGACUCCUGGGAGCUUCUGAUGGUGGAGCAGAGAAACAGAGUGCUGGCCCCAGUCCCCAGGAUGCUUGGACCUCAAUGGCUACACUGUGCCAGGGGUGUUCCCACCUAAGGCUGCCAGCCCCUCCAGCUUGGCACAAGGAAUACCAGACGGCAAAACCACAGGCUGUUUUGAUGAGCAGUACUGCAGUAUCCCCAGAGGACACUAGGGGGCAGGAGGCCCUCACAUAAAAACUCAGGCUUGACUUUUAAA